AGGUGGGUUUGAAUGUAAAAUGCACUCCUACUUUAUAUUGUUCGUCGACCUAAUAAGAGUAGUUUAUGCAUGUUUGCCAUUGCUACGGUUCUUGUUCACCGUUGCGGCUAUAACUUGCACCUCACUCACCCUUGCCUUGGCUGCCACAAUACUUGGAGACAGCUACUCUACUCCCACUCUGUGACCACUUGAUGGACAAGGCUAUGGCCGAUUCCGUCAUCUCCUGGCUGAUCGGUAUGUUGAUGGACAAGGCUAAAGAGAAGGUGGACUCGUGGUUGGGAGUCCCCGAGGAUAUCAAAAAGCUCCGACGCACUCUCCGCAGCUUCCAGUCUGUCCUUGACGCCGAGAAUCGGCGGAUCGAGGACAAGGCCGUCAACGACUGGCUGAUGGAGCUGAAGGAUGUCCUGUACGACGCCGACGACCUCCUCGACGAGUGGCGGGCCGAGAAGUGCACCCCGGGAGAGCCCCCUCUGAAGCGGGUCAAACGCAACAUAUCUUCCAUCUCGUUCAGAAAUGUGGUGGGCAACAAAAUCAAGGAUCUCAACGAUCGGCUGGAGGAAAUCAAUUUUCUUGAAUCGAAAGGCUUCUUUUUACUCGUAUUAUUCUGUUUCUCCUUGUUUCUCCAUCCCCAACAGGUUCCUCAAGUUAGUCGCAUAACUUCCCCCACGAUGAAGUCUGACAUGGUUGGCGAGCAACUGGAGGACGACGCCAUGGCACUGAUGAAGCAGCUGACAAAGCAAGAUCCGAGUAAGAACGUGGUGGUGCUGGCAAUUGUGGGGAUCGGCGGCAUCGGAAAGACCACCCUCGCUAAGAAGGUGUUCAAUGAUGGUAAAAUCAAAGCCAGCUUCCGCACCACCAUCUGGGUGUGCGUGUCCCAAAAGUUCAGCGAGACGGAUCUUCUCAGAAAUAUCGUUACAGGUGCUGGUGGAAGCCAUGGUGGAGAACAGAGCAGGAGUCAGCUGGAGCCCGCGGUGGAGCGUCUCCUGAGAGGGAACAAGUUCUUGCUGGUGUUGGAUGAUGUUUGGGGUGCUCAGAUCUGGGACGACUUGCUCCGAAAUCCUUUGCAGGGAGGAGCAGCAGGGAGCAGGGUGCUGGUGACCACCAGAAACGCAGGGAUCGCGAGGCAAAUGAAGGCGGCCCACGUCCACGAGAUGAAGCUGCUGCCUCCGGAGGAUGGCUGGUCGCUCCUGUGCAAGAAGGUGACGACGAAUGCAGAGGACGAAAGGGAUGCCCAAGAUCUCAAGGACACAGGCAUGAAGAUUGUUGAGAAAUGCGGAGGGCUUCCCCUGGCCAUCACCACGGACAUCCAGCAUAUCGUCAAUUUGACCAAGCGACAUGAGUCAGUGAGGACAUUGUUAGUGGAGGGAUCACGCGGCAUUGUGGGGGAUGUAGAUGAUUCCUUGAAGAACCUUGUGCGACUUCGAGUCCUGCACCUUAUGCACACAAAUAUCGAGAGCAUAUCACACUAUAUCGGAAAUUUGAUACACUUGAGAUACUUGGAUGUGUCUCAUAGCCAUAUAACGGAGCUUCCAGAAAGCAUAUGCAAUCUGACGAAUUUGCAGUUUUUGAUCCUCAAAGGAUGUUUCAAGUUGAGACAGAUCCCCCAGGGUAUAGAUAGGCUACUCAAUCUAAGGACACUCGAUUGUAAAGAUACAGACUUGGAGAGCUUACCAUGUGGAAUAGGAAGGUUGAAGCACCUCAAUGAACUCGUAGGAUUCGUGAUGGACACGCCUACUGGUUCGUGCCCAUUGGAAGAAUUAGGCAGCCUCCAGGAGCUCAGAUACCUCUCCGUUGACAGGUUGGGGAGGGCGUGGCUGGAAGCUGAACCGGGAAGGGAUACGAGCGUAUUAAAAGGUAACCAUAAACUGAAGAAUCUACAUUUACAUUGCUUAUCCACACUGACAUCCGAUUGUCACACGGAGGAAGAGAUUGAAAGAAUGGAGAAGGUGUUGGAUGUGGCACUUCAUCCACCAUCAUCUGUUGUUUCGCUCAGUUUAGAUGGUUUCGGCCUCCGGUACCCCAGCUGGAUGGCGUCUGCAAGCAUCAGUUCGCUUCUUCCAAACAUAAGACGCUUGGAACUAAUUUAUUGUCUUCAUUGGCCACUGCUUCCACCGCUAGGGAAGCUCCCUAGCUUGGAGUUUCUUGAAAUCGUCGGUGCAGAUGCAGUGACCACCAUCGGACCGGAAUUUUUUGGGUGUGAAGUUGCUGCUACCGGUCAUGAUCGUGAACGGAAUUCAAAGCUCCCUUCUUCUUCUUCUCCUCCUCCUCCUCCUUCGUUGUUUCCGAAACUAAGGCAGCUGGAACUCUGGAAUAUGACAAACAUGGAAGUGUGGGAUUGGGUAGCGGAAGGUUUUGCUAUGCGUCGCCUCGACAAAUUGGUCCUCGAAAAUUGCCCCAAGUUGAAGUCUCUACCGGAAGGCCUGAUCCGACAGGCAACCUGCUUAACCACAUUGGAUCUGUCCGAUGUGUGUGCUCUCAAGUCCAUCAGAGGUUUCCCUUCUGUAAAAGAACUGAGUACAAGUGGUGAAUCAGAUCUGGAGAUUGUUGCUGAUCUUCCUGCACUGGAGUUCUUGAAUUUGGGCACGUAUCGUCGUCGCAACAAUCAUUUACCAGAGUGGUUGGCGCAACAAUCAUUCACUACGCUCCAGAGACUGGACGUGCGGGGAACCACCCAAAUACUCCGCAGAUGCCUCCAAAAUGGCGCAGACUGGCCCAUGAUCGAACGCUUUCCAAAAUUUUCCAUCGAAGAUGGCCGAGGCAAUUAUAUAAACUACAUCAAGCAUUCCUGCACCUUCGACACAAACCUAGUCGAUGAUGAUGCUGUUUUUGCUGCUGUUGCUGCUGAAGAAGAAGAAGAAGAAGAAGAAGAAGAAGUCAAUGAGCUUUGAGGUAACUUACCUUUCAUGCUCACGUCUCCACCAUCUAACGUCUUCUUUUCGUUUUGGAGUGGCAACUCACAGUCAUCUUUUGCUGCUUAUGGCAGGGAGAUCGACAUCAAUCACGAUGUAAUUGGCAGUCAUGUCUAAUAUGAUCAUUGCAAAUGGAGUUGACCAUGGAAAGUCGGA